AUGUCGUCAGAUCAGGGGUUAUCGAGGCAGCAGAAAGGGAAGGCAGUUGCGGCGGCAUCAAAUCCGGCAAGGAAUCCUGAUGGAGAUCGCGUCGGGGAUCUCGAGUUGACUCACCAUGCGGCGAUGAUGGAUACAGCGAAUUUAUCUCGCUCUCAGAGGCUUUUAGUCGCGGAUGCGACGAGGCUUGCAAGAGAGGGAGGCGAGAACAUCAUUGUGAGCGACGUGAGGGAAUGCGCGAGAGAUGAGCAGAGCGGGGCGAUGCCCAUUGAUACGGUGACGUUAAGAAAUCGCUCCGCGGGGGGCGAUUGGGAAGACGUAGAAGAGACGAAGUCAACCCCAGGGAGUGUGAAGAGGGUUCUUCGGGCUGCGAACGCUGUCGGCGUGACUUUUCUUAUACCUACGAAGGCGCAGAGGCCCUGGUCUCCUCCGAUCGAGUAUCAGACGGUGUACGAGUCCUACUUCCAAGAGGACACUCGUUGCUGGUUCCCCAUCCUGCGACUGAUCACUGCUUACGCCAGGCGUCGAGACCUUGCGAUCAGUCAGCUACUGAAUGGCUUGCUGCGACUAGCAGUCACUUUAUCGGUUUUGGCAGAGCAGAUUGAUAUGCCGAUGAGCGUCAUAUCGUUUGAGGAGAUGACCUCGAUAACUGACAUGAAGGACGAAACUUACUCGGUGAAGAUGCGACCAAACUGCAACGUGUCCGCCGGUCACCCGAAUAAGACGCAGAACUGGCAGCGUUCAUAUUUCUUCCUCAAGUCUGACGACUCGGCUUUCGAGGAGCCUCCUCAAGAAGAUUAUCGGGUUCUUUGGAACCGUUCUUGUGGAGAGUGGAGGUCAGAUCUUCCAAGCAUUCCUCCUACUCGCAGCAAGCGGCUAAACAUCUUUCCGAAGGAUAUUCAGAAGCGAAUUUCUAAGGCAAAGAGGAUGGGCACUCUUCCCGAUUUGAGUGCGAUGAUAGCUGCCCACUUGGGGCUGACUAGCGGGGAAGGACCUUCGACGACGGUUCCUCGCGCCGAUGAGGUUCUCCCUUCCGGUACCAGAGGUGUGGGGAAGGGCAAGAAGAGGAAGAGAGGUGGCUCGGGGGUCGAGAGGAGCGCUGAGGAGACGAGUGACGUCCCUCCUUCUGGUGAACCCCAGAAGAAGAAGAAGAAGAAGAAGAAGAAGACGAAGGAGAGGUCUGUCGGCGAUCAGUCGGAGAAUGUUGACGAGCCGACUGAACAAGAGGAGGGGGAUGUUGAAGAAGAAGAACUUCAGCCCGAAGAGGAGAUUUCCGAGGCUGAGGUCUCGGGAGAAAGGAACGACGAGGAAGGAGCUAGCGAAGGGGGGGAGUUCGAGACUUCUCUUAACGCCGCCCGUCCAGACGGUUCUGAAGAGGACAGGGAGGGAUCGCCACUUCUGAUAAGAAGGUGCAAUGACGAAGUUGGUGACGAAGCGCGGUCUCCUGCUUUGGCGUCUCCUUGCGAGAGAACUCCGGUUCCCAUCGGGGAAGAUCCCGUCCAGAUCGGUACUUCUUCCCGCGGCACCGCCGUCUUAAGGAGGGUGCCCGGAGCCAACUUCCCCGACAAGGUCGACUUUCAUUACGAGGGACCGACCCCCUUAGUGUACAUCCCAGAGAAAUGCGUAGAGUUUCUGUGCCAACUAAGAGGGAGGGCAAAGCCUCUACCCGCCGUGAAGGACCUUAUUUUCGGGAGUGAAUACGAGGAAGCUGCGAGGGCCAAGUUGCUGGGGGAUAGCACGAUGAACAUCGUGAUUGAAAAGUAUGACACUGCCCUGAAAGGAACUUUGGACGAACUCGAGCUGGCUAAGAAGGAGUUCGCUAAAAAGGAGGAGGCUUCUACUCGUCAGCUAAAUGAGUCGAGGGCUGAUCUCGAGAAGCUCAGUGGGAUGGUAGGUCGAAUCAUUGCUCGAAGAAAUGAGCUUAAAAACGAGUUGGAGGCAUCCCGAGGAGUCAUCCAUGAGCAGGAGCGGAAGAAUGCUGAGCUUGAGAGCGAGAGGGUUUCGCUCGCCGCGACUCACGAGAGAGAGAUGCGAUGCCUUAGAGAUCCAGAGUUCUGGAGGUGA